AAUCCAUGAUCAAGCACGCUUUGGGAUAUUGUAGAGCAGUCUCUAACCAAAAAUUUGUCACUUGGCCGGUUAGCCCUCUCCACAUUCCCACCGUCUUGGACUAAGUUCUGAAGUCUUGUUCACUUCAGUUGGAAGUUACGACUUCUUGUUGUUUUUCUCGUGUAAACUUGGAAAAGCCCCAAAGUAAAUCGCCAUGGAGACCAUCAAGAAGAAGAUGUUGUCCCUGAAGACGGAGAAGGAGGUGGCUAUAGAUGCCAAGGAGGCGGCUGAAGCUGAUUUGAGGUCGAGCAAAGAGCGUGAGGAGCAGUUGAACGACACCAUAAAAGAACGCGACGACCGUAUCAAGCAGCUCGAGAGCGAACUCGACUCAGCCACCGACAAGCUCAACGAGACACAAGGUGCUCUGGAUGAAGCAACCAAGGCACAGGGAAUUGCAGAGGCAGAGGUGAAGAAUCUUAACAGUAAACUUAUCCUUCUUGAAGAAGACAAUGGCAAACAAGAAGAGGCAUUAGGAGAUACAAGGAGAAGGCUAGAAACAGUUGAAGUAGAAGCAGACGAAAACUUAAGAGCAAGGAAAGUACUGGAGACACGCAGUGCCUCUGAUGACGACAAAAUAUGUGAAUUAGAGCUUCGAAAUAAAGACCUUUUACUAAGAAAUGAACAACUCGACCAGCUGCAAUCAGAGUCCCAGCGUAAGCUUCAGAUGACAGAGCAACAGCUCGAGGUUGCUGAAGCCAAAAACACAGAAUUGGAAAGCAAAGUAUCAGGGCUUACUGAUGAGAUCACCACCUUGAGGAAUAACUGCAAAUCACUGGAAGCCCAGGAUCGUGAAUCAACAGAGCGGGAGGAGAAAUAUGAAUGUCAAAUCAAGUCAUUGAGGGACAGUUUGGAUGAGACCUCCAACCGUGCUGAGGGAGCUGAAGGCCAAGUCAAGUCUCUACAACAUCAAGUAGAUAGUCUUGAAGUUGACUUAUGUGCUGAGAAAGAGAAAUUGCACAGUGUUCAACUAGAAUUAGAGGGAUGCAUGAAGGAGCUUGAAGAUUUGUAGAAGACCUCGUUUUUUUUCAUCUCGUGUUUUGUUGAAGAAAAAUGCAAACUGUUUUUUUAUGAGUCCUCGAUCAUUAACUAUUGGUUGGUUGGAUGUACAUGUGUACUUAGUACUUCGCUGGAGAUUAAGAUUUGGAAUCUAUCUUCAUUUCUCAUUGUUGCACUCUAGUCUUCUCACAUAUGAAGCAUCUAGCAUAUCACUGUUCUUGAAGUGUUUGAUUUUAUUGAAGAUUAAAAUAAUGCAAAUUAAUUCAUUGUAUCAAUGGGAGCGAGCAUUGGCAAAACAUUGGACCAAUUGAAUAACACAUUCCAAUUUUUUUGGGUACUUCGAAAAUUCCAUGGUUGAUAAGAAAAAAAAAUGUCCAGUGAUUUUUAUUCUAGUUUAUCUGUUUACUUAUCAAUACUUGAUAUGAUACCUAUAAUUUCAUAUUCCAAACCAAUGUCAAGGCUUCUUGCAGUUGUCAUUGUAUCUAUGUGACACUGAUUGUGGAAUAUAUGGUUUGAAGUCUUGUCAUGAAAAUACAUAUUUAAUGUUAAUGAUCUUGCUGCAAAUUUGACAGGUUUUAAUUAAAAAGAAACAAAAAACCCCUCAACAAAUGAGCGAUUGAAUCUGUUAAGCACGAUGUAUCCCUAAUCAUGUAUUACAGUGUAAUGGAGAUGUGUGUUGCUAUCUUAACAUUGCAUGUAAUAAUUUAUUGUGAUACAUAGUGAAAUAUACAUUGCUAUUCUUUCCUCUCAAGUCAAAAUAAAUGUAAAACUGUGUGAACCUGUACAUAUGCUCUUUUGGUAAGUAUACUGUAGACAUGAGUAGGCAAGUCUGUAGGUAUCUGGUUUUUACUGUGCAUUCACUAGCAGAGUGACAUACAGUGCUGUAUGUACUACUGAGAAUAAUCUUUGUGAUGUCAUGAUAUUAUGGUGCAUUAUGUAAUCAUUCAGGGCGCUGUCAGUUGUGCCCUACAUAUAAAACAUGUAUAAGUAUAAAUAAGUGUUUAUAUGUGCUUCUCUUUACUCUAUGAACAUUCAAAAAUUAAAGUAGGGCAUCUAGUUCAUUGAUUUUCAAUUUACCUUUCCCGUUUUUUUUAAAAUUAUUUCUGCCUGGGUUUUUGUUGAACUAUAAUUUUGCCUAUUUGCUUUCUUUUCUUUCUUUUAUCCUCUUGUUCCUUCCUGAUGUGUUGUCCCAUAUAAUGUUUCUCCUUGUCUGUUGUUCCUACGUAAUGUUUUGGUUACCUGUACAGAGGAAUUGGUUAGUGAGAAGGAAAAGUGCAGACAGAUGAACGAGGAGAUGGAGCGCUGCUUGCAAGAACUCAACAUGGAGGUCUAGACACAGUAGACCUCUUGCUUGCCUAUACGUAUCCAUAGCAACCUUCCUUUAUUUUCACUUGUAACCAGUUUUGUCCUCAAAGCCUACUCCUGGCUGAGCCCACACACCAUCAAAUCUGGACACUAUUUAUGUUCCUUUAUUUUAUGUUUCUAUGUUUCAAAACUUUGGACAGAGAGAGAGAGGGAGGGAGAGAAAUCUUCUCUUCAAAUGAGAGAAAGCGGAAGAAAUUGUACAAAGUGAUUUUUUUCAGUUGUUCGUCUUAGUAUAGGAGGCAAGGAAAGUAUUGUUCUUUUUAAGAUAUUUUAUUGCAAAAGUUAUUUAUAGAAGAAUUUGUAACUUUUUUAUGGCAGGAUUGGUUUGGUAAUGAAUGAUGAAAGGAAUUGGUUUGAUGUUGACUGUUAGGCGCUCUAGACUGUGACAAGGUUGUCAGAUCAGUCGCUUCUACAUCGGACAAGGAUUGAUAUCAUGUGUAUAUUAUUACCCUCCCCCUCCCUUAACCAUAACUUACGUAUUAUUGUUGCUUCUUUCAUCAGAUUGUUCAAUUAAUAUUUUUUUCUAUCAAGAGAAAAUUCAGUUUUGAUUGUUUCCAUGUCAUUUCUCUUGAUGAAAACUUGUCAGAUUGAGCAUGAGAAACUGAAAAUUUGAUUUCUAUUUUAUUUGCUUCAAUGUUUUCUGAUCAAUAUCUUUUCUUCCAUGACUGACCUAGUCACUAGCUAAGCAUGGUUGUAUACUCAUAUCAUCAAAACUCACUGCUUAGUUAUGUACAUGUAUCAAUAGUUAAAAUGACUACACUAUCAUUCUCUGUAGGAUUACUUAGUCUAUGACAUAUUAAAGCAUUAGUAGAAAAGGGAAGAUAUUUAAUAGCUGAUAUAUGUUUGUCUAGUGUAUAUGAUCUGAUAACAAGAUAUUCUUGACAGUUAUAAAAGAAAUAAAAUCAUGUAUAAAGUAUUACUAAUUUAAUAUCUAAUUAUAUAUAUUAUCAUUAUAGCUGCAGAAUACAUUAGAUCAUAUGGAAUUCUUAGACGAAACAAUUGACUUCAAAACUUGAUAUGUUUUAUACACCUAUCAUUUCUGAUUACGCAAGUGUAAUUAUUAGUGGUUUAGUAUUGUCAAAUUAUGCACUAGAAAAUUAAAAUGUUUGAUUUACAGAACUACAGAUGACAAGUCUUUGUAUUGUAAAUGUUUAUAUUAUUUGCUUAUCAUCUAGACUGUAAUAUAGUGAAUGAUUUUAAGUGUGAGUAUUGCAUUAAUUUCUUGUUACGGAUGAAUGAACUGGUACUGUAUUAUGUAUAUCAUCUACUUCUAUACCCAUUAUACUCAUACAAGUGCUAACGUAAAUUGAUUAGCUUUUCUGACAACUAGAAACAAAACACUACAUGUUACAUUGAUUGGUAAUUGUCCUGAAUAUGUAAUAUUUUGCAUGAUUUUCUUUUGAAACAUUGUCAUUGUCAGGUUAUAAAAUCACCAUUGAAAAUCAUACGCAAACAAACCCAAUUGGAACUAUGUAGAGGGUUGCAUGGUGCAUUAAAACACAGCGCUUCAUACUCACAAAAAGAUUGCCUUUUAUUUCAUUUUAUUUCAUUUUACUCUCACUGACUCUCUUCUGUUUUUUUUUUUAACAAAAGCAAUCUUAUCUUUCAUUUCUGAUGCUAUCGUCUGAUUGGCGAUUCAGAGUUUGAAAUGAUUUACCUUGGUCUGAUUUUAGCCUCCUUUUGUUUUCAUUCUUGUUUUAUUCUCUUUCAAAGUAAAGCUUUGAGGUGUGUCAUGAUUCAGAUAAACUGUCCCAAAUUCUUGUAAAUUAUUUUCUGAAUUUUGAUUCACUUCAAAGAAACUAAAAGAAGAGUUGGAUUAAGGGAGUUGAGAUGGUAGGAAAUGGCUUAGAUUCAAGGAAUUAUGCAAAUGGAACUCUCUACAUGUGUGGAAGAUAAUGUAUUUGUUCUUAGAUUGAGAAUACUCCAUUGAGAGUUGGGGAACGGCAGGGUCAUCCCAACUAGAACCAGUGAAGCAGAAUCGCAUAGAAUGAAUAGAAGAAACUUCUAGCAAUUCUAUCAAUCUAUAGCACCAUUUCAGCUCUUUUAAUCUUCACUUCAUUUCUCUUGGUCCUUUCCAUUUUUUGUAAGCAUGGGAAAUCCUAUAUUUUUGCAACUCUCACUGUUUAUACAUAUUAAAGCACAUUAAAAUGUGGCUUGUUCAAAAUUUGAGAGGUUGCCCAUAUCAAAACUAAACAAUGUGAUCACAUAAAAUAAACAAUUAUUGUUCUUGAACAACUGGAAUGUUUUUUGAAAACAGGUUGCCUACUAGAAAGGAAUGGGGGGCUAGAUCGUGCAUGGCAUAGGGAAGAUCAAUUUUUGAAAGAGUAAAAAGAUUUUUUUUUAAAUGGAUGAAAAAUUAAUUGGUACUUGAGUACUUGACAGAGUCCAAGGAAUAAGAGUGUGUAAUUUUAGAAGCAGUGCAGUAUGCAUUGUACCCCUCAUCAUAGAUGAAUAAAACACAUUUAUCUGACGGCAA